AUGGGGAAAAUUCUGGAAAGCGUGGUAAUGUCAUUGGGAAGUAAAUCUAACACUGGUAACAUGCAGAGAUUUGUCUCAGCAGCUGCUGGUUCAUCCUUCACCCCCGGGAGAAGGAAAAUCCCUCACUGCAGAAAGGCAGCGGCCAAACUCUGCCUCUUCCCCUGUGCAUCUGUGGGCAAUCGAGUGGCCCUGUUCCUGCAGGCCAGCCCGCAGAGGGACAUCAGCCGCCGCACCGCCAGCUUCCAGUACGAGCUGCUGAGCAACCAGAGCGCGGCCGGCCCCGACUUCAAAAAGAUGGCCCUGGUGGAAGCUAUGUGCCGUCCUUGUGACAACGUGGAACUUCUUAUGGCCAUUUGCAGCAGUGAUUUCGUGGUGAAGGGGUCCAUCCGAAACGUCUCCCACGACUCGGAGAACCACAUGUCCCAGGUGGAUGUCAGUGUCCAGAGAGUCUACAGGCAGAAGAACAGGAUUUUCCAGCAGGAUGAAGGGAGUGGGGAGUGGAGAGGCCCAAUCCGAACCCUGCUGCAGUGCAAGGUGAAGAAGGGAGGUGGAGAUUUCCUCUUCACUGGGAAUGAACACUUUGGGGAAGCCUGGCUGGGCUGUGCCCCUCGCUUUAAGGAUUUCAUGUUUGUUUAUCGAGCUGCCAGAGAAAGAGGAGCCAACCCCUGCGAGUUUGAGCUCAACUGACAAACAGAGACACUUGUUGAGAGCUCAGUUUUCAGAUACUGAACCUGCAGCAGAGUUAAAACCCAGGACUGAAGCUGACAAUUCCACCCAAACUGGGAGCUGGAGAAUUCCCUGAGGAUAAUGGUUCUGUGAGCCCUGUGAACUCUUUUAAUGCUCAUUAGUUUCUCCUUCUUCAAACUGUCAUUGUCUCACAAAAUAACUGUGAAUUUUGAAAAGAUUAUCUUUUUUGGGGGAUUAGAAAGCAGCUUGUGCCCAGGAUUACAAAAUUCUAAAAUGUUUUGCUCUGUCUACAUGCAGUGUGCUUUUUCUCCAGAUAUUUUUCUCCUCCCCAAUCUCUACUUGAUUUCUUUUC